AUGCCUUCCCCAAACUCAAACCACCAUCCAGUUAUAAUCGUUGGGGCAGGUCCGGUUGGCCUAAUUACCGCGGUAAACUUGGCAAAGCUCAAUGUGCCAGUACUGAUUCUAGAGAGAAACCAUCAAGUCGACCAAUCUCCCCGCGCAGCUGUUUACCAGCCUUGUGCACAGGCAGAGCUGCUCGAGUCUGGCACUCUCGACGAUGUCCGGAAGGAGUCUGUUCUCAAUGAUGUCAUGACUUUUUGGAAGAACAAGGAAAAGGUCGCUUCUAUCACCAAGACUCAAGAUGCUGAUGUAUUCCCUGCCGGACUUAAUUGCCCGCAACCCAAGCUGGCCAAAAUCUUGGUCGAUCAUCUCCUCAAGAAAUACAAUGCUGAGAUCAAGUUCUGCAAGAAAGUCAUUCAAAUUAACCCUUACGUUGGUCGAGAUACAGUCGAAGUCGUGGCUCUGGACACCAAUACAAAUCGCGAGAUCACAUACACGUGCAACUGGCUGGUAGGGGCUGACGGCGCUGGAUUAACCGUUCGCAGACUCUCCGACAUUACAUUUGACGGCUUCUCUUGGCCCAAAGAAGACUUCGUCGCAACCAACGUACGCUUCGAUUUCAUGAAGCAUGGCUUUUCGACCGCCAACUUUAUCAUGGACCCUGUACACUGGUCCGUCGUAUGCAUUCUAGACGAUGCUGGCCUUUGGCGUUGUGCCUUUGGUGUCAAGGCAGGAAUGACAAACGAUGAGAUUCGGGCCGAGAUUGAUGAGCACUACAAGCACAUUUUCCCAGUCUGGCCUGUCGAAUACGAGCUCGUAGAGCUAAACAAGUACAAGCCUCAUCAGAGAUGUGCCUCGACUUUCAAGAAAGGAAGGGUUUUGCUGGCGGGAGACGCAGCUCAUGUACGUCAUUGUUUCCACAGACCAAGCAAUAACCCCAUCGGAGGACUGGGCUUGACUACUGGCCUAUUAGACGCGGGACCUCUCGGCCGCGCUCUUGGUGCUGUGAUCAACGGUCGAGCACCAGAAGAUAUUCUUGACUACUGGGCAAAUGCGCGUCGCGACAAGUGGCUCACUUUCACCAACGCAUUCUCCAUUGAAAAUAAGAGAAUGAUCCAGAUGGGAGGAUACAGCGAAGACCCUCUUGGUAUAUGGGCCGAUGAUGAAGUCGCGAAAGAACAUAAUAUGGAGAAGUGGGUAAGGACAGCAACUCCAGAAAAGAGACAGGAGGACAAUCAGUUCCAUGAGUCGCUUGCAGACCUUCACAACCAGGAUAUGGUCCACGUGAGGCAAUGGAGCAUUACCCUUGAUCCUUGGUGGAUGGAGGAGUACGAGGAUCUAGAGGUGGUUAAGUACAGAAUUUCCCUUCGGCCAGAUACGUGUUGA